GGUGGGUCUGUGGGGCGGUUUUGGGGUCUGUGUGGGGCGGUUUGUGGUCCCUGUGGGUCUCAGUGGGGUGGAUCCCACAGGUGGGGCCGUGGUCUGGGGCUGCUGGAGGCGUUUGUGGGUCGGGACAGCGCCAUCAACGUCCCCAACAGCGUCAUCGGGAUCGUCUUCUACAGCCUGCAGGCACUGCUUGGCGCAGUUCCGGGCAGAGCCUCCUCCGCCACGCUGCUGGUGACGUCGGUGACGUCGGUGCUGGCGUCGCUGUACCUGGCGCUGGUUUUGGCCUUCGGCCUCCACGACCUCUGCCUCGUCUGCCUCAGCACCUACGCCGUCAACGCCGCCCUCCUCUUCCUCAACUGGAGGCGCUGGCGGCGCUGCGGCCGAACCACAGGCCAGAAACGCGACUGACGACGAUGACGUGGCGACGGCGGUGUGGUGACAACAUGGCAGCGACAACGACAUGGCAGUGGCGACACGGCAACGGCAGUGACAACGACAUGGCAAUGGCAGCAACAACACGGCGACGACGGCGACAACGACAUGGCAACAGCGACAACGACAUGGCGGCGGCGGCGAUAACGACAUAGUGGUGGCAACAACAUGGCGGCGGCAACAACAUGGCGGUGACAAGGUGAUGGCAACAACAACAUGGGGAGGCGACGACGGCGGUGACGACAGCAUGGCGGCAACAACAUGGUGGCAGUGGCAACAUGGUGACAGCGACAACAACAGGGCAGCAGCGACAACAUGGCGGCGA